AUGGCUAACUUCGGGCCGACGGCCCCCGGGCAUGAGAACAGAGGAUGGAGGCUAUUUGUCGUUACAGUAGUGAUGAUCAUCGUGUCUGGCUUCUUUGUCGUCGUUCGACUUUCCGCGAGAUAUAUUCGGAAUGGAAUUAGGGUGGAUGACUGGGUAAUCGUGGCAGCGUUGGCUGCUGCCGUCGGAUUUUCUAUCGCUCAUGUCCUAGCGGUGCAACACGGGUUCGGUAGACACGAGCAUGAGCUCACCCCCCAGGAAAGGAUCGAUGCAUUAAUAUGGAUCUUCGUUGCUCAAGUGUUAUACAAGGUGAUCCUAUGCCUUACGAAAACGUCGAUUGUAUUGCUCUACCUCCGAGUCUUUUACGCCCAGAAGUCAUUCCGCUGGACUUGCUAUGUCCUUAUCGCAUUCAACAUAGUAUCGGGAAUUGCAUUUAUCCCACCCACUAUCUGGCAGUGUUCGCCCGUGCAUGCGUUUUGGGAUCGCUCAGUGCCACAUCGAUGUAUCAAAAAUCUUGCUAACUGGCUAUCAUACGCGCUGAUCAAUAUUUUGACCGACGUGGCGAUCUUGAUCCUGCCGAUACGGCAAGUCAUGCACCUCCAGUUGAGAAGGAAUGACAAAAUCGCCGUUAUUUUUGUUUUUGCUCUUGGCGGGUUCGUUUGCAUCACAAGCAUCAUUCGUACCACAGUCAUCGCAAGAGGGUCGGAAGUAUAUGAUGUAACAUGGAGCCCGAUCCCCGUCUCGAUAUGGAGCACCAUCGAAACAAACACAGGCAUAAUCUGCGCCUGCCUGCCUAUGAUCCGACAACCGCUCUCGAUACUCUUCCCGAGCCUCUUCUCCAGUUCAGAGCGCAGCGGAUCAAAACAACCCAGCAGCCGAGCCAACAACUUGAGGAACCGGAGUCAAGGUCGCCGAACAGGCGAGCAUUCGAUCCCUACGAACUCGAGCACACCGUGGGCCCGCCAUAGCCGCGAGGAACCCGUAUACAUGACGGCCAUCAAGCCCCGCAAAGACGGAAUUCCAAAUCGGACUGAAAGCGAAGAGAGUAUGAUAUAUGUCCACGAGAUCUCUGUUUGA